AUGGCAGGAUUUUCUCAUAUCGAGACAUCAGCACCAUCUCCCAAGGACGGAGUAUCCCCAUCUGAGAACGGCGAAGCGUCAGGACUCAGACUAGAGAGUACUCCAUCUCUUCAAAGUGGCGCCGACCAAUCUGAUCCAGAUCCUGCCACAGAAGAUGCAGAAUCCAAGCCUGUUCCGACUGAAUCAAGCAACGACAAGGGCAAGAACAAACACUCCCACUCCCCAUCCACUUCCCCCGCAAGCGCACAAGCCACCAAUCUCCCGGGAAGUGAAGAAACCCCCAAAAUCUCCUCAUUCAAGAUUCGAGGAACCAGAGGCGUAGCUCGCGAAGUCAAGAAAGUCAAUCCCCAGCCCGAGCCCAGGCCUAGGGACAAGGUCACCCCCAAGCCUGCAUUGAGCGACAGCGAUAUCGACAUUGAAGACGCCCCCAGUCACAAGAUUCAUAAACCAGUCUCUGCCCGGUCAAAAACUCUGCAUAGACCUGCGAAGGAGGGAUAUGGUCCAGCCGGUUCGGGUGAUGUUGGGGAUCAGGAUGGUGAUGGGGAGGAGGAGGAUGAGUAUGAGCCUCGAGUCCGUGGCGGAUUAGGCUCACCCCACCGCGACAUCCCCAGCUCCGACGAUGACUAUUCGGAGGAGACCAUCUCCGACCUUUCAAUCCAUUCCGACGGCCCACUUGCGCAUCCAUCCACAGUCAACACACCAAACACACCUUUUACUACCUCCGCACUCCUCCACUCAUCUAGUGCGAAAUUCAUCGUUUCGCUCUCGAAACAGAUUUCUACGCUCGAAGAGUGUAAUAGUAGAUUGAUAUAUAAGCUUAGGAGAGCGGAGGAAAGAGUUGAGGAAUUAGAAAGUGUGAUCGGGGAGCAGGGUGGGAGCUAG